CUUGCGGCUGCGCUGCGUCCCAGGGCCAUGGGAAAAGCUGGCAAAAAGAAGGCGGAGGCCAAGGGCGGUUUCUUUGACUUUGGCAAUCUGCUGUUUCUUGCCAUCGCCGCGGGAAUAGGAUAUUGCCGUUACAACCAAAUCAACAUCCCGAUUUUGGACGACUUCCUGCGCAAAGCGCUCUAUGGAGACGCUGCAGGCGGUGGUGGGAUGGGUGAUGAAGUGGUGAAUAGCCUGGCAGAUGCGCGGGCGGGCAAGCCCAUUGCUGUUAGCGAUGUGCUGGGACAGAUGAAUCGAUAUUGUCGCCGCGGCAAGUGCAAUGAUGACUACUGGGAGGCGCUCCCAGAGGUGGCCAAGGCCUUGAAGAUGGGUCCUGGAACCUGGGAUCGCAAGCCCUUGAAGAAGGACAUCCUGGUAAAGGUGGCAGAACAACCACAAGCCAGGACUGAGGCGGUCUGGGCGGCUCUGAGGAUAGUCUCCAAGGAGCUUCUGGACGUAACUCCCAAGUCGAUGAAGGAGUCCCUCGCCUCGCGGGUGGCGCUGAAAAGUGCCAAACCCCCCGAAGGAUCGGCUACCCCAGAGCCUGAGAAGGAAGAAGAGGAAAUUGUGGUCGAUGACCUUCCCUGAGCCACGAAGAAUGUGAGCCGCGUUUUCCGACCAUUGGCUGACUGGAAAAGCCAAGAGGGAUAUCUUAUGAUACAGGAUGGGGAUAGCGUUCAGUUGC